GGUAAAGACCUUUUGUCUCAGAAGAUCCCGGUGUGGCAGCAGGUGUGUGCUGAGCCCAACAAGCUGCCGGACCGCGCCAUGUUCCUGGCCCAGCAGAUGAGCGGCGCGGCGGGCGCCAUGGUCCCUGGGGCCCAUCAUCCAGGCCUGCCCAUCUCCGAGCCCAUCCCCGGGGCCAAACCGCUGCCGGUGCCUCCGGAGCUGGCGGCCCUCAGAGCCAGCGGGGCCAUGGGUCAGCAGAGGCUGAUGGGAGGAGUGGAGGCGGGGCUGCCGGUGAUGAACGGCACCACCGGCGCUCACGGAGGCGAGGACUACCAGCAGUGGAUGGAGAGCAAGGUGGCCCAGGGCAAGGCGUCCCCGCAGCCGCCGCGGCACGGAGGGGAGGUCUACUCCAACACCCUGCCGGUCCGCAAGGUCGCCCCCGCCAAGAGCAAGACCACCCUGAGUAAGACCGCACGCCGUGGAGACGAGUGUCUUUAA